ACAAGUGACAACUACCUCCUCAACUGCGGCUCUUCAAUCUCUCACAGGACAAAGACGGGUUCCCAAUCAGGAAUAAGGACGAGAAAGCCGUCAACGCUGCUCGCCGUGCCGUUUUUGUGCCCGUGAGGCAUAAACUCCUUCACUGGUUGCUGCUUCGGAUUGUGAGAGAGAAUAAUUACUCUACUUCGGAUGGUUUAGGGUUUAGAAUUUUUUCUCAAGGAAUGAGCUUUUCCUCUGUAAAGGGUCUGAUUCUCAAUUUCUAAUAAUAUUGUGCAUAUUGAAGGGGGAGAGCUUUGAAGUGGGAAAAAAAAAAAAAGAGGAGAGUGGCCAUUGGGUGAAAGAAAAAAAGACUACUUAGGAUCUGCCUUGAUUUCAGCUUCGUUAGUCGCGGACAUUUCUCUCUUGGUUGGUCAAAUGAUUAAAUCUAUGUUUUGUCGAAUUUAUGAUCUUGCUUCUGAGUUGAAAUAAAUUUGUUUUCUGAAAUUCGGGAAUGCCUCCAUUUGGGGUAUUAACAUGGGAGCAUUGAUUUAGUUGUUUAGUUUUGGAGCCUUGGCUGAAAGAUAACCAAAUUUGGAUAACAAUGAAAAAUUGUGUAACAUUACUCUUCAUUAAUUUGUUGAUAAGGACAAAUUCCGCAGCAAAGUGUGGGUAACUUUUCUAGUAUAAAACCAAAAACAAAAGCAAAAAGCAGGAAGGCCGCUAAACCCCAGUAAAGUGCAGGGCACCUGUGUUUCUCAACUUGGCAGCUCCAACUCCAUCGUAACAUCGUUGUCUCGUUGAAGCUCUUUCCUGCCUACUUAAACUCGUCGCCCGCAAUGCUCUCCCAGAUUCCCAAAUCCCUCUCCUUCUUCCACAACCCUUCCAUUCCCAUUCCCAUUCCCAAUUCCAACUCUCCAACUCUCCGCUUCUCAACUCCCAAUCCCUUACUCUCGCUCGCUCAUCUCCCGCCUUUCAGCUGUUGCCGACCCACACUCGUCGCAAUGGCCUCCGCCUCCGCCUCCGACCUCCCUAACGCCGUCGUUCCCCUCCCGCCCGGCGUUGACGAGAAUGAGCUCGAUCGCUUUGCCACCAUCGCCAAUAAAGUCGCCGAUGCCUCCGGCGAAGUUAUUCGGAAAUAUUUCCGGCAGAAAUUCGAUAUUCUCGAUAAAGAAGAUUCCAGCCCUGUGACCAUUGCGGAUCAAACAGCAGAGGAACAUAUGAUUUCAGUUAUAUCAGAGAAUUUUCCUUCUCAUGCUGUUUACGGAGAGGAGAAUGGGUGGAGGUGCAAAGAGACAUAUGCAGACUAUGUUUGGGUAUUAGACCCUAUUGAUGGGACAAAAAGUUUUAUCACUGGAAAACCCGUGUUUGGUACUCUUAUUUCUCUGCUACUGCGGGGCAAACCAAUCCUUGGUAUAAUCGAUCAGCCUAUUUUAAGAGAGAGAUGGCUCGGGGUAAGUGGAAGGAAAACUACAUUGAAUGGAAAAGUAGUGUCGACACGCACAUGCGCAAACCUGGCACAAGCUUAUCUGUACACUACAAGUCCACAUCUAUUCAGUGCAGAAGCAGAAGAGGCAUUUAUUCGCGUCAGAAAUAAGGUUAAAGUGCCAUUGUAUGGAUGUGACUGCUAUGCUUAUGCCCUUCUGGCUUCUGGUUAUGUGGAUCUUGUUGUUGAGUCUGGUCUCAAGCCAUACGAUUUUCUUUCACUGAUACCUGUGAUAGAAGGUUCUGGGGGUGUCAUAACUGAUUGGAAAGGACAUCAGCUUUUGUGGGAGGCUUCUGCCAAUUCACAUGCAACAAGUUUUAAUGUAGUGGCAGCUGGAGAUAAACAGAUUCACCAACAAGCUUUAGAUUCAUUACAAUGGCAAUGAAUAUAUAUCAAUAUAUGUUGGUAAAAUGCUUCAGUUUUUCUGUUGGGAUUUAAAGUUCAUAUACCAACAGCAAAUAUGACAUCAUGAACCUCGGUGGAUUGAUCAAUGGGUAAGAAAUUAAAUGCAAAAGGUAAUUAGGAAUAGCUGCAUUGAUCGAAUUCGUAUGAUAUACAUUGGCGCGUAAUUGCAGCACAAUUAUUCAGAUUUCAAUAUGAAAUUUAAAUGGAGAUGCUCCCUCAUAUAUCUGGGUUUUGGUGGCGUUUUCGACUGCCUUAUCUUCAGCUGUAAAAUGAAAGAACCCAAAAUCACCUUUAACUUAAUGGUUUUGUGGGAGAAAGGAAUUGAAAAGGAGUGUCUUUUGUAAGCGUUGCAUUGAUGCAAUAGUUGUCCUUUGAAAACUUGAUUUGUUGAGUAAAUGCGUUACUCUUUGUUCA